AAAAAAAAAAAAUCAAAUUUCAACAAAAAUUCUUAUUAUGAGUCUCACAAUGGAACGAUCAGAUACUUAUUCAGGACAAAAAUUAUGACCAGAGCUGCUACUUUCUACCUUCUGAGGGACUGACAGUGUUGAAUUUCCUUAACGAGCAGUCAGUCUAAUAAUUUCCUGAUCAACACAGUUUAGCAAAAAUUAGAAAAAAUGUAGCAAAAAUGAAAAUAAAAGUUCCUGCAUCUGGCCAUAUGGAUACAUAUAUGACUUUCUAUAUUGAAGCAAGUUAGAUCGAGCGCGGAGCACAAAACAGAUACGAGUUUAUAGUGUUUCAUUGUGAGUAAAAAGCUUUGAAUCUGCAAACAAAUUGACAAUGGGAAAAACAAGUGGCGUUUGUCUUAUCUUGGUUAUUGUUGUAGCAUUAAUCUGUGGAGCUUAUUUGUUGCUCAAGUAUCAUGAGAAGUUCCAUAAACCCAAAUCCAGUAGCAAUUAUAAGUUUGAUGCAAUAGUGUGUUCAAUGGGAGAUGAGACUUUUACUACAGUCUCUGAGGCUAUUAUUUCUGCACCAUCAUAUAGUUCAACAAGGUUCUUCAUUCGGGUUUGCUCGGGGGUGUAUAAUGAAGUGGUGGUCGUGCCUCAAAAUAAAACUAACAUUGUUUUGAUUGGAGAUGGAGCAGAAACCACUAAAAUCACAGCCAAUCGUCACAUUUCUGACUUCUCAACAUCGGAAACUGCCACUUUCUCUGUUUUGGGUGACGGAUUCAUGGCACAAGACAUUACAUUUGAAAAUGAUGCAGGAAGUGAGAGUGGCCAAGCAGUAGCACUGUUAUGCUCCGCAAACCACACCAUUUUCUACAGAUGUAAAUUCAUAGGGUACCAUGAUACUCUCUAUGCAAAACAAGGUAGUCAGUACUAUAGAGAGUGUGAUAUCUAUGGUACAGUCGAUUUCAUCUUCGGAUUUGCAACUGCUGUAUUCCAGAAAUGCAACCUGUACGGUCGAGUAUCAAAAUAUCAGAAAGUUACUUUUACUGCACAAGGAAGACAGUCCUUGGAUGAGAAAUCAGGUUUCACAUUGCAAGGCUGUUACUUCACUGCAGCACCCGAAGCUGGGAUGGGAGCUAAUAUAAGUGGAUUCCUUGGAAGACCGUGGUUUCCUUACUCAACUGUCAUGGUAAUGGAGUCAUUUUUAGAUACCAUAAUUACUUCUUCUGGGUGGAGAGAAUGGUCUGAUACUCCAGAAACAAAUGCUAUUUAUCUUGAGUAUAACAACUGGGGACCUGGAGCUGAUACCAGUGGGAGAGUACACUGGUCAGGGUUUAAGGUGGUAACUGAUGCAAAGGAGGCCAUGCCAUAUACUGCUUCUCACUUCAUCCAAGGAGAUGAAUGGAUCCCUCCAACUAAGGUUCCCUAUGAUGCUGGAUUUCUCUCUUAGUGCUUUUUAUUUAUUUUUACUCUACUGUAACUAAUUUCUGAUACUGAAAACUCCUCAAAACAAACUAGGCUAAGAAAUAGAGGUAAAAUUAGCAUCAUCGUAGGUAAGGAACACAACUGUUGGGCAGUGUCAUAUGAUUUGUGUUGCUUCUUUAUUUAUUUACAAAAUUGUUGAAAAACAUUACCAACUCAGAAAUUUUUUGGUCUAAAUAUAAUACCGGUGACCGGAUCACAGGUUGAAUCAA